AUGGGUCGGAAGAGUAGGAAGUCUUGUACCAUAAAGCCUUUUUGUUUUUUUUGUCUCCGUGAAUUUCAUAAUGAAAAAGUGCUCAUCCAGCACCAGAAAGCCAAACAUUUCAAAUGUCCAGAAUGCAAUCGUAAACUUGAAACUGCCAAUGGCCUAUUAGUUCAUCUACAACAGGUACAUAAAUCGACAUUGAAUAGAGUACCCAAUUCAUUAGAGGGUCGUGAUAACAUAACUUCAACAAUUCAGGGCAUGAACGGCGUUCCAGUUGAUAUCAUAGAAGAACACCGAUUACAACAUUACACGAAACUCAACAACAUCAACAAACAAAAACAACAACGAAUUAAUUGGACACAAAUUCAGUUACCCAAUUCUUUCACUCCCAUCGCUCCUAUUAAUACACUCUACAACAAUGCUGCUGCUAUUCCCACUGUUACUAACACAACUGCUACAGCGACCACAAGUACAGUUGACACAAAUAAAGUCGAGAGUGAGAAUGUAGUGACUGGUAAUAAGUUAUUAAUAUUGGAUGCCUACGGCUUACCAAUACAACAGGAAAAACCUGAUAAAGACACUGUUAGUACUAAAUUACACAUCAAACCAUUUUUGACCAUUAAUCACUCGACCACUAACACACUUAACACUGUUAAUGGUAUUAAUACACAGAACCCAGUUGUUAGUGUGAACAAUACUAAUGGUGUUGACGUCAUGAAUGUGAGUAAUAAAUUUGAGAGUGGGUGGGACGUGAAGAGUGCUAAAACUGAAGAGAACAUGAAGGAAGAGAAGGUGAUAUACUAUAAAGUUACGGGUUCAAAACCUUUACCAAUACCACUGCCAUCAAUUCCAAACACCAAACUCUCAUACUCUACCGACGAAGUAUUUUUACACUCUAGUUACAUAUAUUUUGUUCCAUUAGUUAUUGUAUAG